GAAGCGGGGGAUAUCCUCGUGGUUAUCCGUCAGUCCCAACCCUUCUCCGUUUUGGCCUGCUGCACCGCUCUCCGCGAUCUGCCGCGAAAGCAGAGGCGCCUAUCAACCCGCAUCUCUCGCGCGCAGCGGUUUGAUUGAUUGACUCCAUCGCUGACCGGAUUGCACCACAGAUGAUUUCCUGGCUAGAAGCUCGGACGAGUUGAGUUUAGCCAAGGGCGACCGUGUAGAAUUGAUUGAGCGCGAUGACGAGUUUGGCGACGGCUGGUUCCUGGGCCGCCACAUGGUGAAUGGCAACACCGGCCUGUUCCCUGAAGUGUAUACGCGGCCGGCGCCCAGGGGGAUUGGAGCUUCGUCCGCUGCCCACAAACCAACCACCAGCUCGCUGUCUACGAAUGGAGUCUCGCCGGUGGCCAGCCAACCCACAUCGACCAGCGCAUCAACGCAAGAUCGUACCUCGACGUCCACGUUCGCAUCUCCCGCCGAAGUCAGCCCCAUAACCCUUCCACUCAACUCCGCCAAGCCUACCGACAAGCCGCUUCCUGCAUCCCCAGCGCCUCUCACGAGCAGAAACAUCGCCUACGGUAGCGGCGGCGGCACUAGCAGUAACGAGAGUCUAGGCCGCCUUGCUCUGCAGAGUCAGGACAACCCGGUCCUCCACGAAACCUUGACUGUCAUUGACGAGCACAUAACUGAUCUGCACUCGACCCCACAGAAUGGCUCCCUCCACCAGGCGACAGAUUCUGGUAGCGAAUACAGUUCCCACCUGCCUGACCGACUCUCCUACAUUCAGGGUGAAGAAACCGACGAAGAAGAAGUGCUUCACUCCCGCUCCGAAGUGGAAUCCUGGUCCUCGGAUGAUGUAGCCGAAUACCUCUUUACAUCCGGUGUGGAGAAGAAACAUUGCGAGGUAUUCAGGGACCAGGAAAUAACGGGCGAAGUUCUCCUGGGUAUGGAUCAGUCGUCGCUGUUCCUCAAGGCGUUCGACCUCGGUUCCGUAGGGCGGAGGCUGAAAACGUGGCAAAAGAUCAAAUCGUUGCAGGACGAAGUGAACGGCCACAGUUCUCUGACGAGACGGACCACGCAGACCUACGGUAGCGAGGCGGGAUCGGAGGAUUCCAAAGUCGGCGGCAAGGCUAGGAGUAGGACGAACACCCUGACAAACUCCCAGAGGCAUCAUCCCGACAGCCGGUCGGCUUCGGGACCCGUCCACGCAAAGCGCCUAUCCCAGACACCCAAAAUGGAACCGAUAACCCCCAAUACCCCCGUCUCCCCUCUGGGGACCCACGACAGCCCGACGAGGCCUUCGCACCUCAAACGGCCUUCGGCAGCCUCUGUUCGGGAACUUCACCAGUCACGACGUCACUCCUCAACCGAUUUCAGACUCGGCCCUCCGGGAGGUACCGGGGGACCCAAACUGUCGAACUCUGGCACAUUUCCGCUGCCGGUGACGUCACAUAAGAAACAGCCGUCGUUCGAUCGCAACUGGACUAUGGGCGCCGCUUCUACUUCAGACUCGCACCGGCCAUUAUCGUCAGCCGGAUUGCAUGACAUCGCGGAUGCUUCCAGUCCCGAUGGUGCGCAGGAUUCGCCACUCGAACACGAACGAGGGUAUUUUUCUGGUACCGAGGUUGACGGCCGCAGGCGUAACGUGCUUAAGAAGCGUGAAAGUGCGGCCUCACAGUCUCACAGACUAAGCUACACGGAGCAGCAACGAGUACGGAGCGCGACGGCCAUCUCAAGGCGUUCGAGGUUUGGGAGCAUCGAUUCAACCCGAGACGCAACGGCCCCGACUGCCUCGCAGAUGUACCAUAGCAAGUCCGCCGACCAUCGUCGGACGGCCUCUACCAACACCACCGAAUCUAUCCGGCCAAUACCCCCGGCGAAGGAUGGGCCGAACCCGAUAGUCACAAAGCUCGACGAAAAUGCUCGCUCCUCACCAUUGGCCGUGGUGAACCGACAGGCUAUUCACGGCGGCGACUGGGUAUUGAGCGCCGGGAGCAAGCUAGCUAGUUUCGGCGGCCUCCGGGCAAUCUCAGAUGCCGUGGUUGGAAACUCGAAGCUCGGCUCGCCAACCGACUCGUCUACUCACGAUUCCCCUCUGCGAUCACCAUCUGGGGAUGGCUCCAGCACUCCUUCGGCUGGUCGGAGCUUCGAGAUGGAUUCUCCGGACACGGCAAAGAGCCCGUAUUCGGUCACCACUACAGCCAGCCGUAAGAGCGGGAAAAAGACGAAGAAAGAGACGAGUGCCUACUUGCGCGGACUGCAGAAAGUUGGACCGCGCGAAGCGAUAAAAGAAGCAGAUUACAGCGGGUGGAUGAAGAAGAAGAGCUCACACCUGAUGACGACAUGGAAACCACGGCUUUUCGUCCUGAAAGGGCGGCGUCUCGCGUACUACUACUCGGAAGAUGACACGGAGGAGAAGGGACUGAUCGACAUCUCAUUCCAUCGCGUGCUCCCGGCUGAUAACGAACGGCUCACCGGCCUGCACGCUACGCUGACGGGCGCUAGCAACACCCCAAUCAUGCCAGCCGACAGCAAUCUUACCACACCUGCUGAAAAUGCUGCCGCUGCCGCCAUCGAAAAGGGUACAGAUUCGAUGUUCAUAUUCAAGCUCAUGCCACCGCGAGCGGGGCUGUCAAAGGCUGUCAACUUUACCAAACCGACGAUACACUACUUCGCGGUCCCGAAUUUACAGCAGGGGCGGAGCUGGAUGGCCGCCUUGAUGAAGGCUACCAUCGAUCGUGACGACUCACAGCCCAUGACCACGACAUACCAACAGAAGACCAUAUCACUAGCCAAGGCUCGCGCGCUGCGACAUCGACCGCCCGCCUUGAUGAACCUCGACGAGAAGGUCGAGGAGAGCUCAAAGGAGGACGGCGAGAAGAAGAACGGCCUGGGGAUCUCGUUUGGAGAGGUCGACAGUGCGAUUUCCGGCCUCGAGAAGCUAGGCCCCCAAAAGGCGGAUAGCGGGUCAGGGAAGCCCUCGUUGGACAAGGAGAAGAGCGAGGGACUCGCAUUCCUACCUUCUCCGCAGAGCGCCUAAUUUCCCCCAUCUUAUCAUCCGUUCGUAAUACGAUAAUUAACAUCCAAGACGUCGCGGCACGGGUCGUCGGCCUAGGGGGGGGGGCGGGGGGGGAAGGAUUUCCAUCGUCGCCAGACUCUUUUUUAUAACCACGGCCAAAACAGGGGGAGAGUCCUUCACUUAGAGAUUCGGCAGAGCCGGCCUACAAACAAGCAGUUUUUAUUCCCUCUUAGAGCACUUUUGUAAU